AGAGGUAGAUCAGGGUGAUAAGAAAUGCAGGUAAGUGCAUUGUUACAGUAACUCCCUCUAACAAUUACAUUAACUGGGAGAGGGUCUCCAUGGCAACACUGCCUAUGAAUUGCCCAUUGUGACUCUGCUUUUAAAUAAGGCAUUGACUUCACUGUCUACUUUAUACUCCCACAGGUUGCGAAUAAAAUAAGAAACCAGUUCAAUGGCUCCUAAAAAGCCACCAGAUAAGCCGGAGAAAGCUGAACCACCCGCAGGAGACAAGGCCGCAAAAGCACCAGGAGAACUAACACCUUUGCAGGAAAAAGUGAAAAAGUUCUUCGAAUCUUCAUAUUCCCUGUAUGUUGGCGUAGUGCUUGUGAUGGGCUCCGUUAUAGGGGCAAUAAUGCUGACCUAUCUGUAUGUUAAGGAAGUGCAAAGGAGAGCCAUAUUUGAAGAAGGAACGACAAAGAUUCUGCAAAUGGUAGAAGACACCUUUCCGGAUCUUUUUGAGGCAGAUGAUAUCACAAAAUUCAAGAAAGCUGAGAAUAUAUCUGCAGCAAUAUCCGAAGAGAAAAAGAAAAUCAGUGAACUACAGCAGGCUAUUAGUGACAUUCACCACAGGUUACGUGAGGAAUGGAUUGUUUGGCAUGGAGCCCUAUAUAUAUUUGACUUCAUUGCCACCCCAAGGACUUGGAAACAGUGCAUACAAUACUGCGAAAGGAUGAAAUACGAUACAAGAUUGUUAUGUGUUGAAAGUGAUGAGGAGCAGGCCUUUGCUGUAUCCAUAGUGAAGCCCAGACCGACCGAUUAUUUUAUUGGAAUUAACAUGGUAGGCUCAGAUUGGCGCUGCUAUCAAAAGGGCUUUCGCCUGGAUAAACUCUACUGGGAUUCUAAUCGUCCAAGAAAUAAAGGUCCUGCAAAACCAGAUUCGAACAACUGUGUCAUCAUCACAAGGGGCUGUGAAAAUAUUUAUUCGUGUUGGCAUGAUGUUUUGUGCCAAGGCCUAAAACGGUGCGUCUGCAAAAGGAAACCUAUUAAAAAGUGGAUGAAAUAAUUGAUAAUCUGCACUCUACACCACCUUGUCAAUCCUGCUAUUCCGAGGCUGGAAAAGAGCCAUUGUUUUACACCUGCAAAGGCUUAGUUGGGCAGUGAAAUAAAGUGUGGAAGAAUUCAGUCUGUGUACGUUUCAAUAGAUUAACUGUGUGUAUCUACCUAGCAAUGUUAGAACAGAUAGAUCUGGUUUCUAGUUUGUCCUUUUGAUUACUGAUAUCUUGCAAGGUCUGCAAAGGACUCCUGUGAUAUUAGAUCAAAGUUUAUCUAACAGGAUCACAGCCUUCUCUUUCCUGAAGCUUUUAGGGUAGAAAUUGUUUAUUCAAUUCUCUCCAGACUAGGCACUGUUUUCCUUUCGUGUAAAGACAGAGUCACAUGAGGUUGCAUGCUAGAAUAGUGUGGCAGGAGAGGGUGGAAAGUGUCGCAAGAAGAUUCAAGGACAAUCAAAGAAACAUUUCAGCAUUUGAGUGUAGUAUAGUCAAGUAUUGUAUCGUAUUCACCUUUCCAGUGUAUUCUAGCUGAUUUCAUGCAUAUAUCCUUUUCCUGCUGACACUACUGCAGUGAUAUUACAACAGGUGUCAAGGAUCCAGGGGACAGAAGUUGAACUUUUGUCAUUGUUA